UCCAAAGUUCUUGCAUACCAACUCUACCAGUCACACUUGGCCUUUCAGCGCAAUUGCAGAACUUAUAGAUAAUGCUUAUGACCCAGAUGUGAAUGCUAAACAGAUAUGGAUAGACAAAACGGUGAUAAAUGACAAUAUAUGCUUGACAUUCACUGAUAAUGGGAAUGGUAUGAACUCGGAGAAGCUGCACAAAAUGCUAAGCUUUGGCUUCAGUGAGAAAUCUGUGAUGAAUGGCCGUGUUCCAGUGGGACUGUAUGGAAAUGGGUUUAAAUCAGGGUCCAUGCGCCUAGGAAAAGAUGCAAUAGUCUUCACCAAGAACGGAGAAACCAUGAGUGUGGGCCUGUUAUCUCAGACUUUCCUUGAAGUCACAAAAGCGGAACAUGUCAUGGUUCCUAUAGUGACGUUCAACAACCAACGACAGAUAAGUGAUCCAGCAGAAUCCAAAAACAGCCUGAAGGCCAUCUUAACGCAUUCUUUAUUUUCUAAUGAGGAGAAAUUACUGGCAGAGCUAGAUGCUAUAAUAGGGAAAAAAGGAACAAGAAUUAUCAUUUGGAAUCUCCGAAGAGAUAAAAAUGACAAAACAGAGUUUGACUUUGACAAGGAUAAAUACGACAUCAGAAUUCCAGAAGACUUAGAUGAAACAGGCAAAAGAGGAUAUAAAAAACAAGAGAGAAUGGACCAGAUUGUUCCAGAAAGUGACUACUCACUACGAGCUUAUUGCAGUAUUUUGUAUCUGAAACCAACAAUGCAGAUCAUUUUGCGAGGACAAAAAGUGAAAACACAGCUGGUUUCCAAAAGCCUCGCCUUCAUUGAACGCGAUAUAUAUAGGCCCAAGUUUUUGAAUGCUAAAACAGUAAGAAUUACAUUUGGAUUUAACUGCAGAAACAAAGAUCAUUAUGGAAUAAUGAUGUACCAUAAAAACAGACUCAUCAAAGCUUAUGAAAGAGUAGGCUGUCAGUUAAAGGCAAACAACAUGGGUGUUGGUGUAGUUGGGAUUAUUGAAUGCAACUUCCUAAAACCAACUCAUAACAAACAAGAUUUUGACUACACAAAUGAAUACAGACUUACGAUAGCUGCAUUAGGAGAAAAGCUCAAUGAUUACUGGAAUGAAAUGAAAACGAAGAAAAAUGGAGAAUAUCCAUUAGCUUUGCCAGUUGAGGAGAUACAAAAACAGCCUGAUCAGACAUGGGUACAAUGUGAUUCAUGUCUGAAAUGGCGGAAGCUGCCAGAUGGAAUAGAGCACUUGCCAGAAAAGUGGUACUGCUCACUGAACCCUGACCCACAAUUCCGGAAUUGUAAUGUGCCAGAAGAACCAGAAGAUGAUGACUUAAUACAUCCUACAUAUGAGAAAACUUACAAGAAAAAAGACAGGGAAAAACUGAAGAAGCGACUAGAGUACAGCCACCAGAUCAAUAAUGAAAUGUUUUUAAAAACACCUGUUUCUUCAAGUAAAGACUUCAGAACAUUCUCAGCUGUGAGUGGAAAGGAAGCUGUUUCAAGAUCAGUUUUACCAGAAACAUCAAAUGCUUCUGUCAAAAGACCUCUGCUUAUUUUAAAUAGAUCAGUAUCUUCACCUCAUUCUGAUUCUGACAACAGUCUUAAACGGAAGACACCGAGUAGUGCGACAUCUGUGUCUUUAAAGACACCUCGAUUAAAUGACAAAGCAUUCAACAACCAUGAUGAUGAUGAUGAAGAUGUCAUUAUUUUAGAGGAGAGCAGUACUCCAAAGCCUUCAGCAGAUUCUGACGUUUCUGUAGUAAAAACUGAAUGUAUUAAUUUGGAUCAUGAGGAGAAGCAGAAAGAAAACUGUGAUGGUGGAGAACCUUGCAGUGCAGCUGCUUCGGAAUCAAAAAGUGAACAGUUGACCUCAGCGACACAGACAGAGCUCCCAAGCCUAGUUGUUAAAAAGGAAGAGGUGGAGGAUGACACCGAUAUUCAAGUUCCGAGGGCAGAGGUGGAAACUAAACAGCACAAUGUUAAUGAUGUUUCUGAAACAUCUGUAGAUCUUGGAAAUGAACUGAAAAAUCAGCUGCAGUUACUAAACAAAGAAAAAGAAAUGUACCAAAACAAAUGUGAAGUAUUAACCAAACAAGUAGAAACACUGGAAGAGAGGAUUUUAGAAAUGAAUAAUAAGUAUGUAAAAAAAGAAAUGUGCCAUCAGUCAACUGAGACAAUUUCUUCAUUUGAAGAAGAAAAUGUUCAUGAAAGAAGUUUGUCAGAAGUGACCAUUCUCUAUGAACAGGCCUUAGAAGAAAUAGCAAAACUAAAGGAACAAUGCAGUACCCUGCAGAACUUAAAAACUGAAUGCAGCAAGUGUGCCGAGGGUGAAAGUAAGAGCGAGGUAGAUGAAAUGGCUGUGCAACUGGACGAUGUUUUCAGGCAACUUGACAAGUGCAGCAUUGAGAGAGACAGAUAUAAAAGUGAGACUGAACUACUAGAAGUGGAAAAAAAUCAAAUUGCCUGUCAGUGUGAAGAACUCAAAGCAGAAAUUGCACAGUUAAAAGCUUCAAUUCCACAAGCAGUAGCACGUGCAAAUGAUUCUAACACCAGUAAUGUAGAAGAGACUGUAAAUUUUUCUGAUGGAGAAAGCCUGAAACUACGCUCUCUUCGAGUGAAUGUUGGACAACUUCUAGCUACAAUCAUGCCUGAUCUAGACUUGCAGCAAGUAAAUUAUGAUAUUGAUGUAGUAGAUGAAAUUUUAGGACAAGUUGUAGAACAAAUGCAUGAAAUCAGUAGUACCUAA